CCGCGUAAGCUCAGGCAAACCACCUCCACGAAAAAACAUUCUGCAAAAUGGGUCUUCCAAGGGUAUUUCGGGUAAUUUAACGACUUAAUAACUUGAAUUGACGUUUUAGUCCUUCGCCUCUAUAUAGAUCUUCUCCGUUCAACAUAACGGAGGCGUCGCGGAUCUCUCUAUCUCUCUCUCUCGAUUCCGAAAAACUAUUCCGCAGAGUGAAGAAGGAUGGGGUUGUCAUUCGGGAAGCUUUUCAGCAGGCUAUUUGCCAAGAAGGAGAUGAGGAUUCUGAUGGUUGGUCUUGAUGCUGCUGGUAAGACCACCAUCUUGUACAAGCUCAAGCUCGGAGAGAUUGUCACCACCAUUCCCACUAUUGGGUUCAAUGUUGAAACUGUUGAGUACAAGAACAUCAGCUUCACAGUCUGGGAUGUCGGGGGUCAAGACAAGAUUCGUCCCUUGUGGAGGCACUACUUCCAGAACACUCAAGGUCUCAUCUUUGUGGUGGACAGCAAUGACAGAGACCGUGUUGUUGAGGCUAGAGAUGAAUUGCACAGGAUGCUCAAUGAGGAUGAGCUGCGUGAUGCUGUUCUGCUCGUGUUUGCUAACAAACAGGAUCUUCCAAAUGCCAUGAACGCAGCUGAGAUCACCGAUAAGCUUGGUCUCCACUCUCUCCGUCAGCGUCACUGGUACAUCCAGAGCACAUGUGCCACUUCAGGCGAGGGGCUUUACGAAGGUCUUGACUGGUUGUCCAACAACAUCGCCGGCAAGGCGUAGAGGGAAAGCUUGUGGUUGAGCUGAUUUUGCUGGGCAAAUCUGGAUGCAGGGGCAAACAUUAUCUGAUUUUUUCUUUAUUGUUCUGUUCUUUUUUUUUUCCUUUUUGGUUUCGGGUAUGUGGAUUUGAUUUUGUGAUCGUUGUUCUGAUUGUGCAAGGAGGAGUCUCUUGCACGUAGAACAUAGAAACUACCUUUUUAUAUAGUUUGUAAUCGAAGAUUUACUCUACUUCUUUCUGCUUCACGUUUCAUUUUUGAUAUUCAAUUUAUAAGUUGGAACC